CCCUCUGGUCCGCAGAUGAUCCUCUGAACUCUGGUGCUUCUGAGAUUCACCAUGAUUGAAGACAAGGAGAACAAAGAGCAUUCUUCAGAAAGGGGAAGAGUGACCCUCAUUUUUUCCUUAAAGAAUGAAGUUGGAGGACUCAUAAAAGCACUAAAAAUCUUCCAGGAGAACCAUGUGAACCUGUUACAUAUCGAGUCCCGGAAAUCAAAUCGAAGAAAUUCAGAGUUCGAGAUUUAUGUUGACUGCGACAUCAACAGAGAACAGCUGAAUGACGUCUUUCCCCUGCUGAAGUCCCACACCACUGUCCUCUCUGUGGACUCCCCGGAUCAGCUCACUGUGAAGGAAGACGUUAUGGAGACUGUUCCUUGGUUUCCAAAGAAGAUUUCUGACCUGGACUUCUGUGCCAACAGAGUGCUGAUGUAUGGAUCUGAACUCGACGCAGACCAUCCUGGCUUCAAAGACAAUGUCUACCGUAGAAGACGGAAGUAUUUUGCAGAGUUGGCUAUGAACUAUAAACAUGGAGACCCCAUUCCCAAGAUUGAAUUCACAGAAGAAGAAAUUAAGACAUGGGGAACCAUUUUCCGAGAGCUGAACAAACUCUACCCGACCCAUGCCUGCAGGGAGUACCUCAGAAACCUUCCUCUGCUCUCGAAACACUGUGGCUAUCGGGAAGACAACAUCCCGCAACUGGAAGAUGUCUCCAACUUUUUAAAAGCAUGUACAGGGUUUUCCAUCCGUCCUGUGGCUGGCUACCUCUCGCCAAGAGAUUUCCUGUCAGGGUUAGCCUUUCGAGUCUUUCACUGCACUCAGUAUGUGAGACACAGUUCAGAUCCCCUCUAUACUCCAGAGCCAGAUACCUGCCACGAACUCUUAGGUCAUGUUCCUCUCUUGGCUGAACCCAGCUUUGCUCAAUUCUCCCAAGAAAUUGGCCUGGCUUCCCUUGGAGCUUCAGAGGAGACUGUUCAAAAACUGGCAACGUGCUACUUUUUCACUGUGGAGUUUGGUCUGUGCAAACAAGAUGGACAACUGAGAGUCUUUGGUGCCGGCUUGCUUUCUUCCAUCAGUGAGCUCAAACAUGCGCUUUCUGGACAUGCCAAAGUUAAGCCCUUUGAUCCCAAGGUUGCCUGCAAGCAGGAAUGUCUCAUCACAACCUUCCAGGAUGUUUACUUUGUAUCUGAGAGCUUUGAAGAUGCAAAGGAGAAGAUGAGAGAAUUUACCAAAUCAGUAAAGCGCCCAUUUGGAGUGAAGUACAAUCCAUACACUCAGAGUGUUCAGGUUCUGAGAGACGCCAAGAGCAUAACCAGCGCUGUGAAUGAGUUGCGAUAUGACCUUGAUGUCAUCAGUGAUGCCCUUACUAAGGUCAGCAGGCAGCCCAGUGUGUGACUGUCUCCAGUCUGAAUCCAGAAAGCCAAUGAACAUCAGCUCAGAGCCAGGGCCGCCUCUUGCUUCCCCCAAGACCUGCUUGAGAAGGACAGCAGCUCCUGAGUUAACAAAGUCUCCCGUCUGUCUGCCUCUGAAAAUGCACACCUGGAUGCUUCAGCCACCGCUCAUUCUACUUUUGUUUUGUGUUUUGGCACCUGCUUAGGGAAAUAUAAUUCAUAUGCCGUGUGAUUCACCAA